AUGCACCCUCGGUCGCGACACGAGCACCUGCUGGACUAUGUCCUCGUCCGGAGGCAAGACCGGCGGGACGUGCUGGUGACAAAGGCAAUUCCGGAUGCCGACGGGUGGACCGACCAUCUUCUCGUCAUCUCUAACAUGCGGAUUCGCCUACAGCCUCGCAGGAGACCUCAAAGUAAGCUGAAUAUUGCUCCUUUGUUCUUGCCUACUCACCAUCUCCAUUUCAGCAAUGAACUUGCUUAACGUCUAGACAACCUUCCAGCCGACGACGACGACGGGAACGCCUUCAUGGAGGACCGAAGGUGUAAACUGUGGGACACAGUUCAGUCGACGGCCCUGGCCGUUCUCGGCCGCGCACGACGCCAACACCGGGACUCGUUCGAUGACAACGACGCCGCCAUCAGCAGCCUGCUCGCGGAGAAGAACCGCAUGCACAAAGCCUACGUUGACUGCCCCACCGACGACAAAAAAGCAGCCUCCUACCGUAGUCGCCACCGUGUUCAGUGGCGGCUGUGCGAGAUGCAGGACGCUUGGACGUCUCGCAAGGCCAAGGAGAUCCAAAGGUACGCGGACCGCAACGAACAGAAGAACUUCUUCGCCGCGAUCAAGGUUGUUUACGGUCCGCCAACCAAGGGUACUGUUCCUCUUUUCAGCGCCGAUGGCAGCACCCUACUCACUGAGAAGACACAAAUUUUAUAGCGAUGGGCCGAGCACUUCAGAUGCGUAUUCGAACGCCCCUCCACCAUUUCCGGCGCAGCCACCGCCCGUCUGCCGUAAGUGGAGACCAACGUCGACCUAGAUCUCCCGCCCUCUCUCCAGGAAACCAUCAAGGCCGUGCAGCAGCUCUCCAGCGGGAAAGCGUCCGAAUCGGACGCGACUCCUUCUGAGAUCUACAAGCACGGUGGCCCCCAACCCAUGAAUCUUCUAGUGACGCUUUUCCAGGAGAUGUGGCAUCAAGGAGAAGUCCUGCAGGAUUUCAAGGACGCCACAAUUGUCCAUCUUUACAAACGGGAAGGUAGUCGACAGCUCUGGGAUAACCGUCGAGGCAUCUCGUUGCUGAACAUCGCCAGGAGGAUCUUCGCUCGCAUCCUCAACCGCCUGAGCAAACAUCUGGAACAAGGUCUUCUGCCUGAAAGCCGAUGCAGCUUCCGCCGUCAUCGUUGGACCACCGAAAUGAUCUUCGUCGCCUGCCAACUUCAGGAGAAGUGUCCGGAGAUGCGGACUCACCUAUACUCUACCUUCGUGGAUCUGACGAAAGUCUUCGACACAGUGAAUCGCGAAGGGCUGUAG